AUGGCCCCGCGGCCUCUUCUCUCUCCCUCUGAGGUGGACCAGAGCGAGUGGAGGAGGAAGGGACUCCAUCUCCGUCGAGAAAUGGGGCGCCUCUCUUCAGCCUGGGCCUCCCCGCGGGGUGCUCAUCUGGGAGGCACGGUCUCCAAGAGUUUUGAUGUUAUUGUGGGCAGAAAUGGAUCCGGAAAAAGUAACUUUUUUUAUGCAAUUCAAUUUGUUCUUAGUGAUGAAUUUAGUCAUCUUCGUCCAGAACAGCGGUUGGCUUUGUUGCAUGAGGGUACUGGUCCUCGGGUUAUUUCUGCUUUUGUGGAAAUUAUUUUUGACAAUUCGGACAACCGGUUACCAAUUGAUAAAGAGGAAGUUUCACUUCGAAGAGUCAUUGGUGCCAAAAAAGAUCAGUAUUUCUUAGAUAAGAAAAUGGUCACGAAAAAUGAUGUGAUGAACCUCCUUGAAAGUGCUGGUUUUUCUCGAAGCAAUCCUUAUUAUAUUGUUAAACAAGGAAAGAUCAAUCAAAUGGCAACAGCACCAGAUUCUCAGAGACUAAAACUAUUAAGAGAAGUAGCUGGUACUAGAGUAUAUGAUGAACGAAAAGAAGAAAGCAUCUCCUUAAUGAAAGAAACUGGUAAAAUAAAUGUGAUACUGCUUUAUUUAUUUUUGUUGCAGAUUAUUUUGUCAUUGUGUUGUUACAUUGGAAGUGGUGACUUUUUUGCUUUUUUCCAGCUUUCUGCUAAGCGAGAAACUAGUGGAGAAAAAUCAAGACAAUUACGAGAUGCCCAACAGGAUGCAAGAGAUAAAAUGGAGGAUAUUGAGCGUCAAGUUAGAGAGUUGAAAACAAAAAUUUCAGCUAUGAAAGAAGAAAAAGAACAGCUCAGUGCUGAAAGACAAGAGCAGAUCAAGCAGAGGACUAAACUGGAGCUUAAAGCUAAGGAUUUACAAGAUGAAUUAGCUGGCAAUAGUGAACAAAGGAAACGUUUAUUAAAAGAGAGGCAGAAAUUGCUUGAAAAGAUAGAAGAAAAGCAGAAAGAACUGGCAGAAACAGAACCUAAAUUCAACAGCGUAAAAGAAAAAGAAGAGCGAGGAAUUGCUAGGUUUGGAAAUUUUUAGCAGCACUUAAUUUUGUACCUAGUUUCUGUGUAAAAUAUACAUUGCUAUGGGUUAAGAGGGGAUUAGCACAGUAAUUAAGAGCAAAAGUUAACUGUUUUCCUGAAAGUAAUAAUAGCUAAUGUUAAACAACUCCUUUGGGUCAAUGAUCUACUUUCAUAAUGUCAUCUAUGGAUUAUCACUAUGAAAUUGAAUUUUAAAUUUGAAUUGUUUUUAUUUCCAUAGAAACUGGAUCAGGAUCUCAAUGAAGUCAAAGCUCGAGUAGAAGAACUGGACAGAAAAUAUUAUGAAGUAAAAAAUAAGAAAGAUGAAUUACAAAGUGAAAGAAAUUACUUGUGGAGAGAGGAAAAUGCAGAACAGCAAGCACUUGCUGCUAAAAGAGAAGAUCUUGAAAAGAAGCAGCAACUUCUUAGAGCAGCAACAGGAAAGGCCAUUUUAAAUGGAAUAGAUAGUAUAAACAAAGUGUUGGACCAUUUUCGUCGAAAAGGAAUAAACCAACAUGUACAAAAUGGCUAUCAUGGCAUUGUGAUGAAUAACUUUGAGUGUGAGCCGGCCUUUUACACAUGUGUGGAAGUCACUGCUGGAAACAGUUUAUCAUUGAAUAAAAUUGUUAUACAGAAUCACUACCUUUAUCAUGUUUUGUUUAUAGGUGACCAAGUCAGUCAUCGGGGUGCUCUAACUGGAGGUUAUUAUGACACAAGGAAGUCUCGACUUGAAUUACAAAAAGAUGUUAGAAAAGCAGAAGAAGAACUGGGUGAGCUGGAAGCAAAGCUCAAUGAAAACCUGCGCAGAAAUAUUGAAAGGAUUAAUAAUGAAAUUGAUCAGUUGAUGAAUCAACGUAGCUUACAAAGUUUGGAAGCAAGUUUGCAUGCUAUGGAGUCCACCAGAGAAUCACUGAAAGCGGAACUAGGAACUGAUUUGCUUUCUCAACUUAGUCUGGAAGAUCAGAAAAGGGUAGAUGCACUGAAUGAUGAAAUUCGUCAACUUCAGCAGGAAAACAGACAAUUACUAAAUGAAAGAAUUAAAUUAGAAGGUAUUAUUACUCGAGUAGAAACUUAUCUCAAUGAAAAUUUGAGGAAACGCUUGGACCAAGUAGAACAGGUAAUUUGUUCUUUUUUGAGGAUUCUAAGCCAAAUUUUGUUUCCCAUCUUAGAUUUGGACAAUUCCAUUGAUAAAACAGAAGCUGGAAUUAAGGAGCUUCAGAAGAGUAUGGAGCGUUGGAAAAAUAUGGAAAAAGAACACAUGGAUGCUAUAAAUCAUGAUACUAAAGAACUGGAAAAGAUGACAAAUCGACAAGGCAUGUUAUUGAAAAAGAAAGAAGAAUGUAUGAAGAAAAUUCGAGAACUUGGAUCACUUCCUCAGGAAGCAUUUGAAAAGUAUCAGACACUGAGCCUCAAACAAUUAUUUCGAAAACUCGAACAGUGCAACACUGAGUUAAAGAAGUACAGCCAUGUUAACAAAAAAGCUUUAGAUCAGUUUGUAAAUUUUUCUGAGCAGAAAGAAAAGUUAAUAAAGCGUCAAGAAGAGUUGGAUAGGGGGUACAAAUCAAUUAUGGAACUGAUGAAUGUACUCGAACUUCGAAAAUAUGAAGCUAUUCAGUUAACUUUCAAACAGGUAUCCAAGAACUUCAGUGAAGUAUUCCAGAAGUUAGUACCUGGCGGCAAAGCUACUUUGGUGAUGAAGAAAGGAGAUGUGGAAGGCAGUCAGUCUCAGGAUGAAGGAGAAGGGAGUGGUGAAAGUGAGAGGGGUUCUGGGUCACAAAGCAGUGUUCCAUCAGUUGACCAGUUCACAGGAGUUGGAAUUAGGGUGUCGUUUACAGGAAAACAAGGUGAAAUGAGGGAAAUGCAACAGCUUUCAGGUGGACAGAAAUCCUUAGUAGCCCUUGCUCUGAUUUUUGCCAUUCAGAAAUGUGACCCAGCUCCUUUUUACUUGUUUGAUGAAAUUGACCAAGCUCUGGAUGCUCAACACCGAAAGGCUGUGUCAGAUAUGAUUAUGGAACUUGCUGUACAUGCUCAAUUUAUUACAACUACUUUUAGGCCUGAACUGCUUGAGUCAGCUGACAAAUUCUAUGGCGUAAAGUUCAGAAACAAGGUUAGUCAUAUUGAUGUGAUCACAGCAGAGAUGGCCAAGGACUUUGUAGAAGAUGAUACUACACAUGGUUAAUUGAAAAAUAUUGCCCACAGAUUUGGAAGAUGUAUAUAAUAACAUGGUUCUCAUACCCAGGAACUGUAAAUUUAAGCUAAAUAUUGGUCUUUAUUGUUGUCAGACUUAGAACACACAUAGUCCUUUUUUAUUCUGUCUUUGUAUUUUAUAAGAUAUUCUGUAAUGUUACAUUUCUACUAAUAGUUAAAAAAUUUUGUUUCUCACACAGCUUUUUGUAAAGUGCCCUGCUUCUCCUAUUUUAAAUCUUUUGAAACAUUCUAAAUAUUCUUUUCUAAUUGUCAGUUACACUGCAUCUUUUUUUAUAGCCUCAAUUAAAUGAUUGGCUUUAUGACUUUGUGUUUUAUGUGGAUUUUAUUUGUCAUUUUACUGAUUAGAAACCAGUUUUUCUUGGCUGGGUUUGGUGGUACACACCUGUAAUCCCAGUUCCUCAGGAGGCUGAGGCAGGUGAGUUACAACCUGGUGAGACCCUAUCUCACAAAAUAAAAAGGGCUGAGGAUAUAUCUUAAUAGUAGAGCACCCCUGGGUUCAAUCCCCUAUAGUACACACACACAACAGUAAUAAAAAUAAUUUAAACGUGUACUUUUUAUUUUGCCUAAGAAAGUGUCACUUUUGUUACGUACUUCCAUAUUUUUUUAAAAUUUCAUCAGAGAGUUUCUGUCUCAUUGUGUACUUGAACCAUGGGGAACUUUUAAAAAUAUAACACUAUUGGAUGUUGAAUCAAAAUCUUAAAUGGUUGGGAUUCUAGUUAUUGCUAUUUCUAAAGUUCCUCAUAGUGAUUUUGACCUUCAGUGAUGAUUAGAGCCCCUGCUUCAACUUGGUAUAAUGAGUUCUUUAAAAAUUAUUAUUUUUUAGAUGGCAGUGUAUUUAAUAGAACUUGUGUGCUUAAAGUAGUUCUAAGUGAAGGAACACUAGUGCCAAAAAAAUGAGCCUUAUAAUUUCCUUGUUUUUCUGGCUAAUAGUUUUAGAAGGUUUUAUUACUGAAAUUGCCCCCCCCCAAGGGUGGUCUUUAGGGAUUUUUAUCUUAUUAAAUGACUUUCUUGAGACAUAAUUGGUUCACCAUAAGAUUCACCCAUGUGAUCUAUGUGCAGUUCAGUAUUUUAAGUAUAGCCAUAGAAUUGUGCAGCCAUUUCUGAAAUUUAAUUUUAGAACAUUUUUACUCCAAAAUAAAACCCUGAGCUAGGCACUGUGGCACACAGCUGUAAUCCCAGCAACUCAGGAGGCCAAGGCAGGAGGAUCACAAGUUUGAAGCUAGCCUAGCAACUUUAGUGAGGCUCUGUCUCAAAAAGGAUUGGGGGGAUGUGGCUCAGUGGUUAAACACCUCAGAUUCAACCCCCAGUGCCAAAAACAACAGCAGCAACAAAAGGAAUCCCUGUGCCUAUUACUAGUCAACUCCCUCCUUUUAGCUCCUGGCAACCAAAUUGACUUUGUUUUGUACUAUAGAUUUGCCUGUUUUGGUCAUUUCAUAUAAAUGGAAGCAUAUGAUAUAUGUUCGUUUGUGACUGGUUUCUUUUACUUUGCAGAGUGUUUUCAAGGUUAUCCAUGUUGUAGUGUGUGUGAAUUUUUGUUGCUAAAUAAUGUUAUAUGAAUAUGUACUAUGGUUUUUUUUCUUAAUUCAUUUAUCAGUUGGACACUUGGAUUGUUUCUCUCUUUUUGCUAUUAUAAAUAAUGCUACAGUGAAUAUUGGGAACAAAUUACCAUGUGGGCAUGUUUUCACAUCGCUUAGAUAUGUAUCUAGGAAUGGAAUUAUUGGUUCAUAUGGUAACAUUUUGAGGAAUUGUCAAAACUUUUCCCUUUUAUAUUCAUUCAUAUAAUAAAUUCACGAGAGUUAGGAUUUCCCCACAUCCCCACCAAACUUCCUUUUAUAUGUUUUUUAUCAUAGCCAUUUUUGUGAGUGUGGAGUGGUAUCUAGUGCCUUUAACUUAUAUUUUCCCGAUGACAAUGAUGUUAAGUAUCUUCAUGUGUUUGUCAUUUGUAUAUCUUCUUUGUUAAAAUAUCUACUCAUAUGUUUUGCCCAUUUUUAAUUGUUUCUUGUAUUCUUAUAGAAUUUUUAGGUCUUUGUAUAUUCUGGAUACAAGCCCCUUAUCAGGUAUCUAAAUUUUUGUCCCAGCCUAUGACUUCUUUUUUUCAAAUUCUUACAAUGGUGCCUUUUGAAGCACAUUAAAAAAAAAAAAACAAAAAACAUUUUAACUUAAUCAUAUUUGUAAAGGCCCUAUCUCCAAUUAUAGUCACAUUUAGAGGUAUUGGGAGUUAGGCCUUAAACAUGUGAAUUUGGUGAAGGGACACACAAUUCAGUCCCUAAUAACUGCUAUCGUAUGUUUGUCACCCAGUAUUGCUCUCAACUAACUCUAGAUUUUAUUCAGAUUUCACUAACAUUUUUAGUAAUGUCCUUUUUCUCUUCUAGGAUUCGCAAAGGCUACUACAUUAUAUUUGCCAUGUAUCCUCUGGUCUGAGACAGUUUAUCAUUGUGUUUUUUAUUCCUUGACAAUUUUGAGAAGUACUUUUCAGAUAUUUGUAGAAUGUUCCUCUAUUUGGGUUUGUCUCAUAGUUUCUUAGGAUUAAAUAAUACCACAGAAA